GGAGAAAGCGAGCGGGCGGCUGGCUUAGGACUCUGAGCCCUGCGCAGCCCGCGCCGGAGCCGGUCCGCCCCGAACCCGCGAAGGGCUCCUCGCGCCUGCCAGCUGCACCGAGGAAGUCGCACUCCGGGGAGGUAGCUGGAGCCAAACCCGCAGCAGGUUUAGAUGUUUAUUUGGCUACUUGGCUACUGAUUAGAGAACACAAAAUGAAUAACUCAACAAACUCCUCUAACAAUGGCCUGGCUCUGACCAGUCCUUAUAAGACAUUUGAAGUGGUGUUUAUUGUCCUUGUGGCUGGAUCCCUCAGCUUGGUGACCAUUAUUGGGAACAUACUGGUCAUGGUCUCCAUUAAAGUCAACCGCCACCUCCAGACCGUCAACAAUUACUUUUUGUUCAGCUUGGCCUGUGCUGACCUCAUCAUCGGUGUUUUCUCCAUGAACUUGUAUACCCUCUACACUGUGAUUGGCUACUGGCCUUUGGGACCUGUGGUGUGUGACCUUUGGCUAGCCCUGGACUAUGUGGUCAGCAAUGCCUCCGUGAUGAAUCUGCUCAUUAUCAGCUUUGACAGGUACUUCUGUGUCACAAAACCGCUCACCUACCCUGUCAAGCGGACCACGAAAAUGGCAGGUAUGAUGAUUGCAGCUGCCUGGGUCCUGUCCUUCAUCCUCUGGGCUCCAGCGAUUCUCUUCUGGCAGUUCAUUGUGGGGGUGAGAACUGUGAAGGAUGGGGAAUGCUACAUCCAGUUUUUUUCCAACGCUGCUGUCACCUUCGGUACUGCCAUUGCAGCCUUCUACUUGCCAGUGAUCAUCAUGACCGUGUUAUACUGGCACAUAUCCCGAGCCAGUAAGAGCAGGAUAAAGAAGGACAAGAAGGAGCCUGCGGCCAACCAAGAUCCAGUGUCUCCAAGUUUGAUCCAAGGACAGAUAGUGAAGCCAAACAACAACAACAUGCCCGGCAGUGUUGACGGCCUGGAACACAACAAAAUGCAGAAUGGCAAAGCCCCUAGAGAUGCUGUGACUGAAAACUGUGUCCAGGCGGAGGAGAAAGAAAGCUCCAACGAUUCCACCUCCGUCAGUGCUGUCGCCUCUAACAUGAGAGAUGAUGAAAUCACCCAGGAUGAAAACACAGUUUCUACUUCCCUGGGCUAUUCCAAAGAUGAGAACUCCAAGCAAACAUGUAUCAAAAUCGUCACCAAGACCCAAAAGGGUGACUCGUGUGCCCCGACGAAUACCACCGUGGAGCUGGUUGGUUCUUCAGGUCAGAAUGGAGAUGAAAAACAAAACACGGUCGCUCGCAAGAUCGUGAAGAUGACUAAGCAGCCUGCAAAGAAGAAGCCCCCUCCUUCCCGGGAAAAGAAAGUGACCAGGACAAUCUUGGCUAUUCUGUUGGCUUUCAUCAUCACUUGGGCCCCCUACAACGUCAUGGUGCUCAUCAACACCUUCUGUGCACCCUGCAUCCCCAACACGGUGUGGACAAUUGGUUACUGGCUUUGCUACAUCAACAGCACUAUCAACCCUGCCUGCUAUGCCCUUUGCAAUGCCACCUUCAAGAAGACCUUUAAACACCUUCUCAUGUGUCAUUACAAGAACAUAGGCGCCACGAGGUAAAACCUCUUUGGGACAAAGGAAGGUGGUCACGGGGAACUUGGGAAGGAGAAGAGGGGUAAAAGAGCUAGUUUUAAAAUCUCUGCCAUUGCACUUUAGAGUCUUAUUAUGGAUGUGCAGUUAAGGAGCUCAAAAGUGACACUCUUUUGUGCCUCUGCUCCAGCUUGGGAAACUCUCACCUCAUAAGCCCUGCCAAUGUAGGAGCAAUGAGACCAUGAAAGCCACACGUUGAACAUGUGGAUUUAAGAAUGCUCUACACUUUCUGUCUCUUGAAGAAGGGCUUCUGAAUCUGCAAUUUUAUCAGUUUCUGCACAAGAAGAAGAAUAACCUUGCUCCUUUUUUGUUGUUGCUCCCAUGUAUUGAUAUAAGUCAAUGAAAGGCUACAGUUACAAGCUAACAUGGAGACUUAAACAUAAAGAAAUAGACAUUAUGCCAUAGAGAAGUAAAGGAAUAAAACUAAAAGGAGUGUAGAAACAACCUCAGAGUGCUAAGCAUAUAUUACUCUUCCUUUCUUAUGGUUUUACCUGGAGGGUUGCAAUAUUAUAAAUGCUUAUUUUUUACCUUUGCUUUUCCUCACACCAAAAGAAAACAAACAAACAAAAAGCCUAAUGAGACCACAUCAUUAUUUUUCUCGUUCUGGCAUUCGUUUUUGUACUGUUCUACACUGUGUGAGGGCAUAUUAUAGAGGACUUGCACUAAACCAGAGACAGCCAUGAAAAAGGGGCAUUUC